AUGGAACAACAUAUAGAUAAAAACUGGAUUUUGAAAGACAGGGAUACAUUGGAUUAUGAAAUCGGGGUCGAAAAGUUUUUAAUGUAUGCAGAGGAACAUUGUGAAAACCCAAAGAGUAUACCUUGCCCAUGUGCACGUUGCGUGAAUUUUAAAAAAUUCUCUGUGAAAAUAGUUAGGGGUCAUAUCUAUGAAAAUGGUUUUAGUCAUGGAUAUGUUGAAUGGAUUUGGCAUGGAGAGAAUUCUUCUAGGACUAGCAGGCCAUCUAGUAAAUGCCCUAGUACUGACCCCGAGUUCAAAGCUACAUGUGAAACCUUAGGUGUUUGUGAAGCCGCAUAUAAGUCAGGGGAUUAUGAUAAUGAUUCCGAGGAUUUCAGGAUGUUUGUGGCUGAUGCUGAGAAACCAUUAUUCGAGGGCAGCGAAUCAACCAAAUUAGAAACAAUUUUGAAGUUACAAAAUUGGAAAUCUAGGUUUGGUAUUAGUGAUAGUGCCUUCACUGAUCUGUUAUCUUCAAUAGGGUCAUUUCUUCCUCAAGAUCAUGUAUUGCCAGUCAAUACAUAUGAAGCAAAAAAAUCCUUAUCUGAUUUAGGGCUCGAGUACAUCAAAAUUCAUUCUUGUCCGAAUGAUUGUGUGCUAUACAGGGGUAUAAAUGCAGAUGCCUCUAGAUGCCCAAAAUGUAAACUAUCUCGUUGGAAGGUGGGGAAAGAUGGUAAAUGUAGGGUUAAUAUUCCGGCCAAAGUUAUGUGGUAUUUCCCAAUAAUACCUAGAUUUAAACGGAUGUUUAAAUCUCAGUCAACUGCUGAGCAGAUGACUUGGCAUGCGAACCAACGAACAAAGGAUGGCAAGAUGCGUCAUCCGGCAGAUUCUCCUUCAUGGAGAAAUAUCGAUUAUAGGUGGCCAGAAUUCGGUACCGAAGCAAGAAACAUUCGUUUGGCUUUGGCGGCUGAUGGUAUAAACCCUCAUAACAAUGGCCUCACCAAUAGGUAUACUUGUUGGCCCGUAGUGUUAGUAACUUACAAUUUACCUCCUUGGUUAUGCAUGAAGAGGAAAUUUUUGAUGUUAACAACUUUGGUUUCUGGUCCGCAUGAGCCUGGUAACAACCUUGAUGUAUAUUUACAACCAAUGAUUGAAGAUUUGAAGAAGCUUUGGGAAGAAGGUGAACCAAAUGUAUAUGACGCUGCCACCAAAUCUUAUUUUACUUUAAAAGCAGUUUUAAUGUGGACGAUAAACGACUUUCCUGCAUACGGGAACUUGUCUGGGUGCGUCAACAAGGGUUAUUUGGCUUGUCCUGUAUGUGCUGAUGAUACUGUGGCUAAAUAUUUGCCUCAUAGUAGGAAAAUGUGCUACCAAGGUCAUCGAAGGUAUUUGGGUUUGUAUCAUCCUUAUCGAAGGCAAAAGGCUGCUUUCAAUGGAGAACAGGAGCUUGGGACAGCACGUCAACCGCUUUCUGGGGAAGAAGUGUUGGCUCGACAAGAACAAAUUACAUUUUCUUUCGGAAAAGAAUUGAAGAAGUUUAAAAAGGUGGACUGUCCAUGGAAAAAGAAGUCGAUUUUUUUCGAGUUGGAAUAUUGGAAAUUUCACCAUGUUCGUCACUGUCUCGAUGUUAUGCACAUUGAGAAAAAUGUAUGUGACAAUCUGAUUGGGACAUUACUAAAUAUGCGAUUUAAGUCAAAAGACAGCGUCGCGUCCCGUCUUGAUAUGAUUGACAUGGGUGUUAGGACUGAUCUAGCUCCACAAGUUGGAGAAAAGAAAACUUACCUACCCCCAUCUGCUUUUACCCUGUCCAAGGCAGAAAAGAAGAAAAUGCUAUCGUCUUUCUUGUUUAUGAAACUUCCGUAUGGACAUGCAUCCAACAUCAAAAACUGUGUAUCCAUGGCUGAUUUAAAAAUGUAUGGGUUGAAGUCCCAUGACUGCCAUAUUCUCCUCCAACAAUUACUCCCGGUUGCAAUUCGUGCGGUUCUUCCCAAAAAUGUUCGGGUCACAAUCAUAAGAUUGUGUUUCUUUUUUAACUCUCUGUGUAGCAAAGUUGUAGAUAUAUCAAAAUUAGAUAAAUUACAAUCUGAUGUGAUACUGACCUUGUGUGAGCUUGAAAAAAUAUUCCAUGCGUCGUUUUUUGAUGUAAUGAUACAUCUUGUAGUCCACUUAGUUCGUGAGUUACGUUUAUGUGGCCCGGUUUUUUAUAGAUGGAUGUAUGCGUUUGAACGCUUUAACAAAGUGAUAAAAAGUUAUGUAAGAAAUCGUUACUAUCCGGAAGGCUGUAUAGCGGAAGGAUACCUUAGAGAGGAAUCUGUUGAAUUCUGUGCUGAGUUUUUUAAGCAAAGUGGCACUGCUGGUCUUCCAAAGAACCAAAAGCUGUCAGGUCCUCUAUCUGCGGCAGUAUUAAAGCAACUGGAAGAAAAAGAGCGAGAUGAGGCUCAUUUAUGUGUCCUUUUGAACAAUCCUGAAGUAAUGCACAAGGAGCAUCUAGAACAAAUAUACCGUGGAAAGAAGAAAAGUGUGCAUUGGCUUAUGGGAGAGCAUAAUCGACUCUUUGCGGAUUGGUUUGAAAAAAAAGUCAGUAGUGAAAUGAAAGAUAAUGGUGAAAAUAUUUCAGAAACAUUAAGGUGGCUAGCUGGCAAACCUUCAUUUUCCGUCUUCACUUAUGAAGGGUACAUGGUUGAUGGUGUCAGAUACUUUACAAAAGAUCGAGAUGAUGCACGUGUUGUUCAAAACAGCGGUGUGUCUUUAGUUGCCAAGACUGUGCAAGUAUCCAGUGCAAAAGAUUUAAAUCCAGUUGAAUGUGAUAUGACAUUCUAUGGCAUCAUCUUAGAAAUAUGGGAAUUGGAUUAUCACGCGUUCAAAGCUCCGUUGUUCUUAUGUAAAUGGGCAGAGAACGAUAAGGGUAUUAAAGUGGAUGAUCUUGGGUUCACGCUUGUAGACUUCUCUCGACAUGGCCAUAAGAAAGAUAAAUAUGUUUCUGUUCACCAAGUCAAACAAGUUUUUUAUAUCCAAGAUCCGGAAAAUGCUGCCUGGUCUGUUGUAUUGACCUCCACAACCAGAGACUACCAUGAUAUCUAUAACGAAGAUGAUUUGGGAGACACGGCGAUGGAACAUUCCCCAUUCUGCACUAGCAUUCCUUUAUGUGAUAUUGUCAAUGAUGAUAUUGGCCAUAGUGUUAGGCCUAAUAUUGAUGGAAUCUGGGUUAAACCCUGA